GGCAGUCCAAAUCAGUAUCGACCCGAAUUCUUAUAAGGCGAGCUACACGAAGAUGAACAAGUUGCUCGUCCAAUCAAUAACUUAAUCCAAGAUUCUUAUCUCGCAGACGAAACAAGGAGAUUUGUUCUCAAUCUAUCUAAACAUAUAAGUAUCAUUGUGGCCUUGGAAUUCGAUUGAUUGUUUGGGGGUGGACAAGAUCGAAGAUGCGAGGACGAUGUGGAAGGAGACUAGAGAACGAGAACUUGGGAAGCUUCAUCCGAAUUUGUUCGCCAAUCGAUUUCGGAAAUCACGACUUUCAUCCAUUCAACUCUCUAAUCACAAAGAAAUCAUCUCCUCACACCGCGGCUCUGUCAACUCUCUUCAGGUUGAUUUGACAGAAGGACGAUAUUUGAUUGCUGGUGCAUCGGAUGCAACUGUUGCUGUUUAUGAUGUACAACGUGCAACUGAUUAUGUGGAAGGUUGUCAGAUUGAAAAGCACAACUCUAUAUUUGUCAUUAACAAGCAACAUGAACAUGGUCAUAAAUAUGCCAUAUCCUCGGCGACGUGGUAUCCAGUUGACACUGGGUUGUUUAUCACUGGUUCAUAUGAUCAUCACAUCAAUGUUUGGGAUACGAAUACCACACAGGUUGUAAUGACUUUUAAAAUGCCAGGAAAGGUUUAUAGGACAGCUAUGUCUUCAAUAGCAAAAUCUCACAUGCUAAUUGCUUCUGGAACUGAAGAUGUCCAAGUUCGACUCUGCGACAUUUCUUCUGGUGCAUUUUCUCACACUCUAUCUGGUCAUCGUGACAGUGUAAUGUCACUGGAGUGGUCUACUUCUAGUGAGUGGGUUUUGGUAACUGGAGGAUGUGAUGGUGCUAUACGUUUUUGGGACAUCAGGCGAGCUGGAUGUUUUCGUGUAUUAGAUCAAUCCCACUCUCAGCUUGGAAGACGUCCGCCUCUCCUACAGUGUUCAGCAACAAAUAAGGUUUCAACAUCAAAAUCAUCGUCAUCUGCCCAAAUUUCAUUUGUUAAAGUCCAAGCACCACAAAAGAAAGCAACCGUCAGUAAUGCUUUUAAGCCUUUGGGUGUUGGUAGGAUUUCCAGUCAAGCAAAGGAUGUGAAGCAAAGAUUACAUCCUGGAAUGUUAUCAACUCAUGAUCGUGCCACUGCUCAUUAUGGAGUCGUUACUGGAUUAAAGGUGACUGAGGAUGGCAUGUACCUUCUAAGUGCAGGUUCUGAUUCAAGGUUGAGGUUAUGGGAUAUAGAAUCUGGGUGCAACACACUUGUAAAUUUUGAAACUACACGCUUGCAAAGCAAUAAGGCAAUACAGAUGGCAGUAUCUCAGAAUCCUGCUCUUGUUUUUGUUCCAUGCAUGUCGACUGCAAAAGCCUUUGAUAUGUGGUCUGGCCAGACGAUGCAGACUUUCCGUGGGCACUACGAAAAUGUUAAUUGCUGUUCGUACAAUACACAGGAUCAGGAGUUAUACACUGGUGGUAAUGAUAGACAAAUUCUUGUCUGGUCUCCACCCAAAUUUACUUCUGAUGAAAUGAACCAGCGAGGGAAAGGGCUGUCCGUUGCAGUUGAUCAGGAUAACUGGAGCGACUAGGUUUCUGUUUCUUUUCCUUUCUAUUGUAUAUAAAAUCCUACGAAGUGUAUGUACCAUGCUAUCAAAACUAUGAAGAAAAUAGAAAAUAUGUCUCUAUGGGGAUGUUUGUGUACUCGACACACUUGGCUAAGAGGAUUUGACCUGUGCGCGAUAAAAGGUUGCUCGGAUUCUAGAUGAAAUGAGUUAUGUUAGAUGCAUUGCCAGAUACGUGUAUAAGAGGGGCUCAAGGUUAGCACUAAGAGUAUCUUUAAGAGACUUUUUUUAUAAAAGAGUAUCUUAUGCAUUAUAAAGAGCAUCUCUAAAUUUAAAGAGUCAA